AUGUUACUGAUCCAAGCACUACGAACAUCAUGGAGGCCGCUUAGAAAUUUUAAUCAAGUUUUCCCUCGUCUUUGUUCAAAUUCCACGGACAUCCAGAAAUCAAAAGAAUGGCUACAAACAUUUGAUAGCUCGCAAAUUCCAAGACACUUGUUCACGAUUUCAUACAGCAGAUCGUCAGGGCCCGGUGGACAAAAAGUCAAUAAAACUUCCUCAAAAGCUACUGUUGCUCUAGAAGAAGGUGAAUGGUUGCGAAGUAGCACUUGUUACUGGAUACCGACCCCUGUACGGCAGCAACUUCGAGAGAAACCAAUUCGCUAUGAAACAAAAUCGCGCGGGCUUUUGAUCCAGUGUGAUACCACUCGGAGCAGGGACCAAAAUACUGAGGAAUGUUUUUCGAGGCUUUUGGAAGAAAUCAAGUCCAAAGUCUACUUCCCAGGUGAAGUCAAAGAAGAAGACAAGGCUAAAUGGGCCCAAUUGGAAGAAGACUUCAAAGAGCGGAAAAAGUUCAAUAAAAAGAAGCAAUCUGAUAAGAAACGCAACAGGGUUAAAAAGUUUGAUCUAUAA